AUGCCUCUUUAUCCCAGCUAUGAUUCGGCCAUCUGGCAGAUGGUAGAAUGGUGGUAUCGCAUUCCCGAGCCACCGCCGCGCACGCGCGACCCAGCCAAGCCUCUCCAAGUCAUCGCGGUUGGCUUCUCGCGUGCCGGCACCGAGUCCCUACAGCAUGCCCUCACGAAGCUCGGGUACGAUUAUUGUUAUCAUGGAUGGGACAUGCUGCUGGAAGAGCCGCAGUACUCGCAAGCCUGGACGCGCCUCGCACGUAAAAAGUGGCAUUCCAAAACGGGGGACUGCCGUAUCUCGGCCGCCGAGUUCGACGGAAUCAUCGGACAUGCCGUCGCCGUUGUGGACGUGCCGGCCUCAUGCUUUGCGGCCGAACUCAUCGAGGCGUACCCAGAGGCGAAGGUUAUCUGUAAUCAGCGCCGCGAUGUGGACAAAUGGUAUGCCAGUGCCGUCAAGCAUAUUGUGGAAGAGGUCAACGAGUCUCGUUUCAUGUACUUUUUGACCUGGUUCGAUGCCGAGUUCUUCUGGAAGUGGACUUCCUUUGAGCGGUACCUUCUGCCGCGAAGCUUUCACGCCACGGACUCGAGUCUUGGUAGCGGCAUCCGUUCGCAGGGGAAACGCGUACAGCGAGAACAUAUGAACGCGGUUCGAGGGCAACUGUAUCACCGUGGAGAGACACACAGACUACUGGACUGGUACCUGGAGGAUGGAUGGGAGCCAUUGUGCAAGUUCCUUGGCAAGCCGGUACCUCAAGAGCCCUUUCCACGCACCAACGAUGCCAAGGGUUUCGAAGGACGGGUCGAGUCCAUCGUUAGUAAAGGCCUUGUACGAGCAGUCACUAACGCGAGCCUAUUUUUCGGUGGUGUAGCACUCUGCACUAGUGCUAGCAUCUGGUGGCGAUGGUAUCGCUGA